GCGCAGGCGCAACAAGAUCUUCUGGUUAGAGUAUCCAUUUUGAUCACAUGUGAGUAUCUCGAGCUGUUCUCGAUUUCGGUGAAAACUAAUGGUGCUAAUUGUCUGAACGAGCAAAGGAAAAUUAAGAAUUCGACAGUGAAACACUAACUGACCUACACAAUCUAUAAUGGCAGACAUUGAGGAUACUCACUUUGAGACUGGUGACUCUGGAGCAUCAGUAACAUAUCCCAUGCAAUGUUCUGCACUGCGUAAAAAUGGUUUUGUCAUGUUAAAAUCUCGACCCUGCAAAAUUGUUGAAAUGUCAACUUCCAAGACUGGAAAACAUGGUCAUGCCAAGGUUCACCUUGUAGGUAUUGACAUAUUUACCUCAAAGAAAUAUGAAGAUAUUUGCCCUUCUACACAUAAUAUGGAUGUGCCGUUUGUUAAGCGAGAAGAUUACCAGCUGACAGAUAUAUCUGACGAUGGCUAUUUAUGUCUGAUGGCUGAUAAUGGAGAUCUUCGUGAAGAUCUUAAAAUACCAGAUGGUGAAUUAGGAGCUCAAUUACGUGCUGAUUUUGAGGCUGGAAAAGAAUUACUUUGCACUGUAUUAAAAGCUUGUGGCGAAGAGGUGGUAAUCGCCAUCAAAACCAACACUGCCCUCGACAAAUAAUUGUGUUCAGUUUUAAUCGUACACAACCAAACUAUCCGCUUAGCCAAUCGACACCUUAUCAUUGGUAAAAAAAAACUUAAGUCCACAGUUCCAACCAACAGCAGUUCAGCAGCGGACAAAAACAUCUUUUUAUCAAAGUAACAUCUACUUACUAAUAUUCAAAAUAAAACACAUGCUAAAGUUUCUAAGCAAUGUAAGACAAGAAGAAUUGGGUUCAUGGAAUUCGCAAUACCCAGUUUUAGACAUAUACAAUUGCAUACAUACACAGGCACACACAUACGUUGUUUGUUAUACAAAAGAUACAACUUUUCAACAAAGAGUUGAUUAAGAAAUAAAAAUUGAAAAAAGCCUUUA